AUGUCCGAAACCAAAACCCAAGAAAGAGAAGAAGAAAAUCAAGACUACGAGUACGAAAGCGAGACGGAAACACCCUCCGAACAAACUGAAGACAAGCAACUUCAACGAGCCACCUCACAACAACAACAAAUGCAACCCGCGCAACCACAACCCCAGCCCCAGCCCCAGCCUCAGCAACAACAACAACAGAUGAUUCCACCACGUCCCGAAGGCUACCGUCCAGCUGCAAUCCGCGAAUCGAGGAUCAAGGAUCGCCCACAGAAGGACAUGGAUAAUAGUUUGAAGAUCAAGAUUGAGCUGGAUCUGGAAGUCGAGGUACGUGUUCAUCACAAGGAACAGUGUGAGAUUAUCGUCAGAGGGAAACGGAAAGACUGACUUUUGUGCGCACUGGUAGGUUGAUCUUUACGCCCGUGUCAAGGGUGACGUGACGAUCGGGUUGAUGUGA